UUUUUCAACAAAUGAAUGAAAUCCUGUUUAAAUGUUAGAUUUUUUUGCUUCACAGUCUAUUGCCAGGAUGUGACCCAGUCCCCUGAAAUCAGCUGGAGCUUUGCAUCCAAAUCUGCAGAAAUGGACUGCAGCCACAACAAAGGCAUAACUCAUACCCAGAUGUACUGGUACAGGCAGCGUCCAGGGGAGACCAUGACCCUCAUCGUCUACCAGCUUAUGGUGGGCAGCCGGACUAUGGUGGAAUCUCUCAAACUAAAUAUACAGCCAGCAAAGAAAAAAAUCAAGAGUGGGGCUUUAACUGUGAGAGACUUGCAGCCUGAAGACAGCAGAGUCUAUUUUUGUGCCGUCAGCAAACACUGUGAUGUGAGAAGUGUUAGUCUGGGGCUUGAGGUGCGUCAGUCUUCUUCUGAAAUCAUCACCAAACCUGGAGACAAAGUGGAGGUUUUCUGCAGCCAUAACAAAACUGACUACAGGACAAUGCUCUGGUACCAGCGGUCACCUGGAGACACAGCCAUGAAACUCAUUGGUUUCCUGCUGGGGUUUUACAUGCACAGUCAAAACCUUCAUCAUUAUCAUUACACACUCCCUUUUAACUCACACUUACAUCUGCAUGAGAAAAAGAACAAAAUGAUUCUUUUUCUAAUUUGCUGUCAGCUUGCAGGUCUUUCUCUGGGCGUUCAGGUAAAUCAGUCUCCUUCUGCUGUCUUAAAAAAGGAGGGUGAAGAAGUUAAGCUUUUCUGCACACAUGAACAAACCGACUACAAAGUGAUGAUAUGGUACCAAAAGUCACCUGGAGACGAGGCCCUGAAAUUCAUUGGAUAUGGAUAUGGACAGUUCCACGACGACGGCGUGGAACAGCCAUUCAGGAAAGAUUUCAAAUUAGCUGGAGAUCUGAGCGGACAAAAUACAAUGAAUGGCUCACUUUCCAUCACCAAUGUGACAGCACAACAACACAAUGCGACAUACUUUUGUGCAGUCAGAGAGGCACAGUACAGCAAACACCCAUCUGCUCUUAACAAAAACCUCCUCCUCGCUCGCCUCUCUUAUCUUGCCUCUGAAUCACUACUGGACUGGUCACAUGCCACAGACAAUAAACUCUAA